UACAGUGAUUCUGAAGUUUGUCUGAUCUUUGUGACACAUUUGCAUGAAAACACAUCGGCGGAGGCGUGUGGCCGCGACCUCUUCCUGCUCUCAAUGUUUCCAUCCUCCUCUCGCUGCACGCUCAUCCAUUUCACAUUUAUUCCUCUUUCAGGUGUUCGCCAUUGUGGUGUUUGCCUCCAUAACCGCCGAAGGUUACGUGAACAGCAACGUUGAAGCACAGGUGAAGUGCGUCUUCAACAGGAAUGAAGGGGCCUGUCAUUACGGCGUGGGCAUCGGCGUCAUCUCCUUCCUGGCCUGCUUCGCCUUCCUAUUGGCUGAUGCGCUCUUGCCUUUGAUGAGCAAUGCUCGGGAGAGGAAGUACGUGGUGAUGGCUGAUCUGGGCUUCUCAGCUACCUGGACGUUCCUGUGGUUUGUGUGUUUCUGUCUCUUGGCGGAUCAGUGGUCAAAGUCCCAAGACACCAGCGGCAUCCCUACAGACGCCGUCCACGCCAUCAUCGCCUUCUCAUUCUUCUCCAUCGUAUCGUGGGGAGCGUUAACGUACUUCGCCCUGAUAAGGUUUCGUCAGGGCGUUGCAGACGUGACCCAGAACUACGCCGAUCCGCCAGCGGACCCCACUUCACCAUAUCCCACCACCUACACACCACCCACAUAUCCGUCCUUCCAGAACACCGGUCCAGACAUCUUCCAGCAGCCGCCCAUCGCACCGAACCCUGACCCAUCCGGCCAGAGCAGCUACCAGCCGCCUGUCUACUGACCCCUGACCUGCACAGAAACCUGAAACACGACACCAGGUCACGUGACGCCGCAGGCAGCCAAUAGGAGACUGUUUGGCAUUUAACAUGUGGCCUUAAAGGGAUAGUUCAC